UUUCAAAGGUUCAUGAUUGCUCGUCAAAUCCAAACUUGAGCAUCGCUUAAGAGCACAAUGUUCUUCGAUGAAACAAAUUCCAUAAAUUAUUUCUAAGGUUUAUGAUUGCGAUGGACACGAGAAACAACUGCAGAAACAGUUUUUGAACGAAGAGCAGCGCUUCUCCAGGCUCAUCGAACUUCAAACUCUCUCUCUCUCUCUCUCUCUCUGAGUAUGAUCGUUUCCCUUACCGUUCUAGGGGAAUCUGGAUUUCGUGUGCACAACUUGUGGUAGCCGGCGGGUUCGAGGUAGAAAAGUCAGUGAUCUGGGGAGGCUGGGAUGCAGGCGAAUGGAGAGGGGACGAAGGCCGCGUUGUCGACGGCGGCGGCGGCGAUCGAUAUGAACCCUCCGACGUCCGCGGACACGAGGGGAAAGCACAGGAUCUUGGCCGAGCUGAAGCAUUUGGAGCAGGAGGCGCGAUUCCUAGAGGAUGAACUGGAGAAGCUCGGGAAAACUGAAAAAGUAUCAGCAGCAGUACAAGAGUAUGUAUUGUUGCAGAAGAUAGAAACUAACCCAGAGCCCCUUCUACCAAUAACGCAUGGGCCUGUAAACCCAUCCUGGGACAGGUGGUUUGAGGGGCCUCAAGACUCACGUCGCUGCAGAUGCCCGAUUCUCUGAUCUUCUGACUUUUAAAGAGUUUUAAAAGGUGUUUCGGAUCAUUUCUUUUGAUACUUUAUUAAACAACGGCUGGAGCAAGGGUCUAAUUUGAAAAUUUAUAAGGUGAGCUAAACACCCAUAGUGUUAUAUGUAACGGCUAACGCAUUACAAAGUAAUUUAAU